CCUUGCAGGACGGAGCUCCGCGGCGCAGCGCAGCACAGGGGGGCGCGUCUCCCUUGCUGGCCUGGGCGAGGAGGAGGAGGAGAAAGGCAGAGCAGGAGGAGGCUGGCAGCCGGGAAAGGGGAAGCCGGAGCCCGCCGGUGUAGCUGCUACUGCUGAAGAUGUCCAACAGUGGGCCCAACCCAGAAGACAAGCCGCCAGCCCCUCCCAUGAGAAAUACGAGCACCAUGAUCUGCUCCAGCAGCAAAGAUAUAGGGACUCUCAACCAUGGCUCGAAACCCCUGCCUCCUAACCCCGAAGAAAAGAAAAGGAGAGACCGCUUCUAUCGCUCCAUCCUGCCAGGAGACAAAGCCAACAAGAAAAAGGAGAAAGAACGUCCGGAGAUCUCCCUCCCGUCAGAUUUUGAACACACGAUCCACGUUGGAUUUGACGCAGUGACAGGCGAAUUUACAGGCAUGCCAGAACAAUGGGCCCGCUUGCUCCAGACGUCCAACAUCACCAAACUGGAGCAAAAGAAGAAUCCUCAAGCCGUCCUAGACGUUCUCGAAUUCUACAACUCCAAAAAGACAUCAAACAGCCAGAAAUACAUGAGUUUCACAGAUAAAUCUGCAGAAGAUUAUAACUCCUCAAAUACUGUGAACGUGAAGGCCGUGUCGGAAACGCCAGCAGUGCCCUCUGUGUCGGAAGAUGAGGAUGAUGAUGAGGACGAAGUUCUCCCUCCACCGGUCAUCGCCCCUCGGCCCGAACACACCAAGUCGAUUUACACCCGCUCCGUGAUCGAACCUCUUCCGCCAGCCCCAACCAGGGAUGUUACCACCUCUCCCAUCAACUCCCCUUCCGAAAACAGCAUCACGCCCCCGGACACGCUGGCGAGGAACGCCGAGAAACAGAAGAAAAAACCCAAAAUGACCGAUGAAGAAAUCCUGGAAAAAUUAAGAGGUAUCGUAAGCAUUGGGGAUCCCAAGAAGAAAUAUACCAGUUUUGAGAAGAUUGGACAAGGGGCUUCGGGUACGGUAUACACCGCGAUGGACGUAGCAACGGCACAAGAGGUUGCCAUCAAACAGAUGAAUUUGCAACAACAGCCUAAGAAAGAGCUGAUUAUCAAUGAAAUUCUUGUCAUGAGGGAAAACAAGAACCCCAACAUUGUCAACUACCUGGACAGUUACCUGGUGGGAGAUGAGCUGUGGGUUGUCAUGGAGUAUUUGGCUGGCGGCUCGUUGACAGACGUGGUAACGGAGACCUGCAUGGAUGAAGGACAGAUAGCUGCGGUGUGCCGGGAGUGCCUUCAAGCGUUGGAGUUUCUUCACUGCAACCAGGUGAUUCAUCGGGACAUCAAAAGUGACAACAUCUUGCUUGGAAUGGACGGGUCCGUCAAGCUAACUGAUUUUGGCUUUUGCGCCCAAAUCACUCCUGAGCAGAGUAAGCGGAGCACCAUGGUGGGGACGCCAUAUUGGAUGGCUCCUGAGGUGGUCACAAGGAAAGCCUACGGCCCCAAGGUGGACAUUUGGUCUCUGGGCAUCAUGGCCAUUGAAAUGAUUGAGGGGGAACCCCCGUACCUCAACGAGAACCCCCUGAGGGCUUUGUAUCUCAUUGCUACCAAUGGGACCCCAGAGCUGCAAAAUCCAGAGAAGCUCUCACCCCUUUUUAGAGACUUCCUUAAUCGCUGCCUGGAAAUGGAUGUGGAGAAGAGAGGUUCCGCCAAAGAGCUUCUCCAGCACCAGUUCCUGAAAAUUGCCAAGCCCCUCUCCAGCCUCACUCCUCUGAUUGUUGCAGCGAAAGAGGCCACGAAGAACAACCACUGAGGGGAAG